AUGGAGGCAUUUCGAAAGCUGGUGGUUGUGGUUUCGGUGAUGGCUGUAGUCCUUGGCAAUGAGGUGAUGGUGUCACAAGCACAGACGAUUCUAUGCAACCUAACUGGAGCUGAUAUUUCAAGCUGCAAGCCAUUUGUGACUCCGGGGAACACCGCACAGCCUUCGGAUCUGUGCUGCGCUGCGCUUUCUCAUGCUGACUUCAAAUGCCUUUGCUCCUUCAAGAAUUCCAAGUGGCUAAGUACCUUUGGAAUAGAUCCCAACUUUGCAAUGCAGCUCCCUGCAAAGUGCAAACUCUCUCAAGUUGUUCAAUGUUAA